AUGAACGCAUUCAGCGGUGCCACAGACAAGGAGGCAAAAGGAGUCGAGACACUCCUGCCAACUGUGGAUGAUGUGGCGGCCGCCUUUGCGCAGCAGCUGCGCGAGGCCGAGUCACUUUACUACGCGGCUGGCCUCGAUGCACUCGCGGGGAUUCGAUGCGUGCAGCUGUACAGCGAGACCCUUGCGGGUGUGUCUUGUCUCUCACGGGUAAGGCGCACGCCCGCCGCACUGAAGUGA